CGCAGCAGACCAAUAGAAACCCGAAGCUGCUUCCAAACCCGCAUGUUAACUUACUACAUAGUGAGUCAAAGCUGAAGGUGGCGUACUAUAUUGAAAUACUAUGUAGUACGGUAGUAUGUUUUUGGGACGUAGCCCAGCAUUCUCCUCUCACUCCGAGAUGUGAGGGAAUCGAGGCGGGCUGCUGAGGAAGAACCGAGGCGACAGAAAGUAGGUUGCCUAGGUUAAGUGCAUGAAAAUGUUGCCGCUGAUCGGGGAAAUGUUGGACAAACUGCUCUUUAAAUUCUGUAGGAAACGUUCAUUUAAGGUGGAGUUUUUCUGCUGAUUCAUAAUCACCUGAGUUUCAAUACGAUGGAAUACAAUAGUUCACAGCACGGAGAAUUUGACAGAAGGUCCGGCAUGUCCCUGGAUGUGGAUGUUAAAAGGACCAAUGUGAACGCGUAGCCCUUGUUUACUUGGGCAAUGAAUUUCGGCUGAAAACAAAGUGGACCUGCAGAACUAACUUUAGCUGUACUGACAUGAGUGUGUGCUGGCUGUCCAACACUAAACGGAAAACUCUGUGCCAUGCUGGUAUGUAACGAAAUGUUAGUGAAACUAACAGCAGGAUUUGGAGUAGUGAUGGGUGAGUCGCUGAGGAAUCGAUUCUUUUUGAGGGCAUCACUGCGGACUCACGACUGAAUCGAAGGUUGGAGCGAAAAAAAAAUCGUUUUUUUUCUUUUCUUCUUCUUAUUUUUUUAACCACAAUAAUUUUUGUUUGACUUGUUGAACGCUGAACUGCCAGGUUGCCAAAGCGGUUACACAUUAUAGCAAUACACCAGCCUGUAAACUGUAAAUGUGCUGUUGGCUUUGAGUCAGAUUGUUAUCACGUAAAAAGCAAUUAUAUUCUCAUAAUAUAAAAUAAAAGACCGUUAAAUGGACAAAUACAGACCUGUGCAUGUAUGUUGGGUCAAAAUUGUAGGUACGAUUUCGGAUUGUGCUCAAACUUCGAUUCACGUAAAGUGGUUUGCCCUAAAGAGUCGAAUCAGUAAAGUGAGUCAGUGAGUCAGAAUGCCCAUCAAUACAUGUGGGGCAAUAUCCAUCCUCCCAUUAUGGAUUUGGACUGCCGGUUUAACGCUGGUGUGUUUUGACGCCUUGGCCGGUGCGUCCCCAGCUCACGGUCAUCGUCUGAUCUGCUGGCAGGCCAUUAUGAAAUGCCAAUCAGAACCAGAGUGCCAUUACGCUUACAGGCAGUACAUGCGCGCGUGCGGACCCGUGAUUAACGGACACAAGAAGAAGUGCCCGAGCCACUGCAUCUCAUCCAUCGUGCAGCUCAAUCUGACUGUCAACGGCCCAAGUCUUGAGCACUGCGAGUGCGCUGCAGACACAGUGUGCGUAAGCGCCAAGCGCGCCAUUGAGCCAUGCAUGCCGCGGAUCAGCCGCACGGGCUGCACAGAAGCGCGUCGCGCGUGCGAGGGCGACACGGACUGCAGCGCGGCCAUGCGUGACUACCUGUUCCACUGCCGCGAGCUCUUCGGCGGAGAACGCUGCUCGGAUGAAUGUCGGCGAGUUAUCGAGCGCAUGCGCUCCGUGCCCAAGGCGCGCCUAUUGGACACGUGCGAGUGCGACGGCGCCGAGAGGACCAUCUGUGAGCACGUUAAGAUCAGCAUGAUGAGCUUGUGCUCUGACGCGUCUGACCACCGGGACUCGGGCAGCGGCUUUUCGGACGACGAGGACGAGCUCGAGAGUGACUAUGACACGGAGGAGUAUGAAGAAGAAGACAGCGCGGGUGGAGUGUCCAGGGCGCACACAGGGUUGAUAAUGACCUCCACCAUCCCAGAUAGCAACAGGGUUUGGGCCAAAUCUGGCUUACAUCCGGCUCUUCUGGCUUGGUUCUGGCAUUGCGUUUUUCACAGUCUUGUGUGAAACAGCAUUAAGCUGAAUUCCAGCGUGAGUCUGGCCAACCAAAAGAAACAAAAAAAACAGACGGUAUAUGUUUGUCUGAACGCUGGCUGAAGUUUGGUCAUCCAGAAGAAGACAAGCAGUCGACUGAGACCGAAAAUAAGAAAGAAAAAAGAUAGACAUUUGGCUGAACUCUGGCAUGAAUGUGAUUAACCACAGCCUUGUGUAAGGCUGAACAAUAACUCUAUAUCGUCCAUACUUUAUUUAAUCUUGAAAAACUACACAUCAUUAGAAAGUUCAUUUUGUCAAUAUCCAUAAGAUUAAAAAAUAUUCUGCAAUAGCAUGAAAAUUCUCAAACACAAAGUUACAAACAUUUCACAGAUUGUUGUUUAGCAGGUUGUUUUUGUGAAAAGAAAGAGGACACCUGGGCAAAAAUUACCUGUGUGUGGAUUUAAGCAGGGCAGUUAAUGCAGACAUAAAUAGGUGUCAAUGUGCAGAAUAGAAAAAAAAGAGUAAUAGAUUGUUGCAGAGUGAGGACCAAAAAAUGAAAACAUAAAUGGUGCAGUUUGCAGCUCCAUACAAAAGAGGAUAGGUGCUUAGAGUAUGUCACUGAAUGGACUUUGAGUAUUUGAGUGGAUUUUAGUCAUCCUUAUAUAUAUAU